CAAUCAAUUUGAUUUAGUUUAUUUUUUCAUUUUUUUCAUUCCGAAAAUCUUUUUUUUUGGUUCAAAUAACGGAAGUGUUUUUGCUCGUUUGCUGUUCGAAUUCGAAUUCGAAUGUUUUUCAUGAUGAAUCAUUCAUAUAGUACGAAACAUCAUUAUUAUCAACAAUCUCGAAAUGGUUUUUUUAUUAAUCUAUUUUCAUCAAUCUUAAUUUUAUUAUUUUUUAUAAUAAUUUUUCUAAAUUAUCGAUCAACAGUUGAUGCACAUUAUUGUCAGUCGUGUGCACCAACAUUACCGGGCGUAUUGAAUGUUCAUAUUGUUUGUCAUACACAUUUAGAUACCGGUUGGGUACAUACAUAUGAUCAAUAUUAUCAUCGAUAUAUUCCGGUUAUUUAUAAUUCGGUUAUUGAAAGUCUUGCACAACAUCCUCGUCGUAGAUUUAUUGUUGUUGAAACAUCAUUCUUUUCACGAUGGUAUCAAAAUCAACCACGUACUGUACAAUUAGUUGUACAUGAAUUAGUUAAUUCAGGACAAUUGGAAUUUAUAAGCGGUGGUUGGAGUAUGAAUGAUGAAGCAACAGCCCAUUAUGCAUCAAUUAUUGAUAAUUUAUCAUUAGGUGUAAAAUGGUUGAAUCAAACAUUUGGUCAAUGUGGUCUAACAAAAACCGGUUGGCAAAUUGAUCCGUUUGGUCAUUCACGUGAACAAGCAUCAUUAUUUUCACAAAUGGGUUUUGAUUCAUUAUUUGUUGGUCGUAUUGAUCAUCAGGAUAAAAAUCUACGUGAACGUAUGCGUACAUUAGAAUUUAUAUGGAAAUCAUCACCAAGUAUUGGUGAAAAAUGUGACAUUUUUACCGGUGUCUUACCGAAUGUUUAUUGGCCACCAAAAGGUUUUUGUUUCGAUAUAAAUUGUUUUGAUGAAACAUUAAAUCAACAGAAUAUAAUGCGAAAAGCACGAGAAUUUAUUCAAACAGUCAAAAAUCAAGCAAGUCAAUAUGCAACAAAUCAUACGAUCAUUACAAUGGGUAUGGAUUUUUAUUAUCAAGCAUCGGAAAAAUGGUAUAUGAAUCUAGAUUAUCUGAUCGAUGCUGUUAAUUCAAUGACAGCAACGGAAAAAGUUAAUGUUAUUUAUUCAACACCAUCAUGUUAUGCACGUGCAUUAAAUCAAUUGAAUCGUCGUUGGCCAAUAAAAUUGGAUGAUUUUUUUCCAUAUGCUGAUGCACCUGAAGCAUAUUGGACCGGUUAUUUUACUAGUCGACCAUCAUUAAAAUUUGCAAUCAAAAAAGGUGCCAAUUUAUUACAAGCAUCCAAUCAAUUGAAUGUAUUAUCAAUGCGUGGUUAUGAUCAUACAAAAUAUAUUCAAGAUUUAAAAGAAGUAAUGGGAAUUCUACAACAUCAUGAUGCUGUAACCGGUACAUGUAAACAAUAUGUUAAUGAUGAUUAUCAACGAAUGCUUUCGCAGGCAAGUGAUAAAGCCGAACAAUCAAUAAUAUCAUCAUAUAUGACAUUAAUACAAGCCAAAACUGCACCCGGACAAUCGAUUAUUGGUUUUUGUCGUGAUAUGAAUGUAUCACAAUGUCAUUAUACUGAAUUUAUUGAAGAUCAUCUAAGUACAAUAAUGAGUAUUUAUAAUCCAAUUGCACAUUCAUUAAGACAUUUUGUACGUGUUCCGGUUAAAAAUCAACAAUAUAAAGUUAUUGAUCAUAAUGAACAUUUAAUUCCAUCACAAUUAGUACCGAUUCAUCCAAAAAUUUUAUCAUUAAAAGAAAGAAAUUCAUUAGCAACACAUGAAUUAGUAUUUAUGUCCACGUUGGAUCCAUUGGGUAUUUCAAGUUAUUUGAUUACCAAAAUGAAUGAUUAUGGAUCAUCCGAAAUAUCGGAAAGUAUGCUUUCAAAUGGUCAGGAUGUAUUUUUACAUAAUGGUAAAAUUGGUAUAUUAAUCGAUGGUCUUACUGGUUUUAUUAAAGAAAUUCAAUUGCCUACCGGUGAAAAUGUACCAUUUGUUCAAACAUUUUGGUAUUAUAAAGCAUCAAGUAGAUAUUCAGGUGAUAAACCAUCCGGUGCUUAUGUAUUUAAACCAUCACAUAAAAAUCCACAUAUAGUAAAUACAAAAUCAUCAUAUAAAAUUUAUCGUGGUACAUUGGUUGAUGAAGUACAUCAAGUAUUCACGGAAUGGUGUACCCAGGUUAUACGUUUAUAUAAAAAUUAUAAUUAUAUUGAAUUUGAUUGGGUUAUCGGGCCGAUUCCAACGGGGAAAUUUCCCGAUGAAACUGGUUUAGAAAUUAUAACCAAAUAUGAAACAAAUUUCCAGAAUAAACAAACAUUUUUUACCGAUUCAAAUGGACGUGAAACAAUUCGUCGUAUUCGUCAUCAUCGACCAACAUGGGAAUUGUUUACCGAAGAAGAAGUAUCAAGUAAUUAUUAUCCAGUAACAAGUUGGACAUUCAUACGGGAUUUAAGUAAAAAUAUCCAGAUGACAAUAUUGACGGAUCGAUCACAAGGUGCAACCAGUAUGGUUGAUGGUGUUAUUGAAAUGAUGUUACAUCGUCGUCUUUUAUUUGAUGAUGGUUAUGGUAUGGAAGAAGCAUUGAAUGAACCUGGCCAUAAUUCUGAAGGUUUAAUUGUACGUGGUAAACAUCGUGUUAUUUUGGAUAAAAUUCAAGAAAGUGUUAGAUUUAUGCGUAAACUAAGUAAAACAACAUCAUGGAUACCAGUAUAUUUGUUUCGUAAUGUACCAGCACGUUAUGGACCAAGUUUAAUUGUUGGUUUGAAUACGAAUGGAAUUCGUGAAAAAUUACCCGUUAAUAUUCAUCUUUUAUCAUUAGAACAAUGGAAUGAACAAAAUAUCCUAAUACGUUUAGAACAUUUUUAUGAAAUUAAUGAAGAUUUAAAAUAUUCACAAGAAACAAUGGUACGAUUAUCCGAAUUAUUUACAAAUUUUAUUAUUGUUGAUGUUAUGGAAAUGAAUUUACUUGGUACGGAAACAUUGGAACAAAGUGAACAAAAUAAAAUGAAAUGGACUGCCGAAUUAGAUCCAUAUGAAAAUUAUACAAUGGUUUUAAGUUCUAGUUUUACACGUGAUUCUCAAACAAUACGACGUGAUAGUACGGGAAGUUUUUCCAUACUAUUCAAACCGAUGCAAAUACGAACAUUUUUGAUUCGAAUUAGGCCACAUUCAUUUUUUCGUCGUUGUGACAAAAAAAAACUUAGCUUAAAAAUUUCGACAAUGAUUUUUUUGAAAUCGAUUCUAGUGGUGAUCAUUGCUGGCUUCACAUUGGCUACAAAUUCCACAAACGAUGAUAAUCCAACAACGACAACGGCACCAACCACAACCGUAAUCUAUGAUGAUUCUCGUGGCCGUUCAAUGUUUAACGAUGAUGAUCAACAACUACCAAGACAAGGACGUAUUAUUAAUGAUGAAAAAAUUUCAAUCAAAGGAUUCAUACCGAUUGUUGGUUUAGCAUCUACCAAUGAUAAAUUAUCAUCAAACAAUGGUGAUGAUAAUCGAAAUAUUGAUAAACGAAAUAAUCAACCAUCAUUAUCAUCAUACGAUGAUAAUGUUGAUCAUGAAUCAAUUCCACAACAUCAGGCUGGACCUGAAGAUCAACGAUUUAUUGGUGCUGCAUUACAAGGUUUGAUUGGAAAUUUUGCCGGUGGUAAUAUGGUUGGUUCGAUUCAAAGACCAAUAUCGAAUCAACAACAAUCGAUAUUACAACGAAAAAUCGAUUGUAUUUGUGUUCCAUUUUAUAUGUGUCGAAAUGGUUUCCUUGUUGGUUCGGCUAUCGAUCCAUAUAAUAAUCUUAAUCAACAACGUAAAAAUGAUCAACAACAACAACAACAACAAUUUGAUGAUGAUAUGAUUUAUGCUGCAAUCAAUGAACGAAGUUUAGAUGGUAAUUCUAAUCAUCAACAAAAUAAUACCAAGAAAUUUACUGAAGAAAUACUCGAACGUAUGAUUGGUUCAAGUUCAUCAUUGAAUCGUCAAAUGACCGAUAAAUGUGGCCUAUUACGAACUUGUUGUCAACAACAACGAUCAUCAUCGUUUAAUUUAAAUCCAAUGAUUAUGAAUGAUCAACAAUUGAAUUUUGAUUAUAUUGGUUCAAAUAUACCUGGUUAUGUUGGACAAUCAUCACAUUAUCGACCAACACAUCAAUCACCAUUGGAACAGGUUUAUCACCAUACUCAUAAUCAUCAUCAACAUCAACAACAAUAUCAACCAGUACCGAUAAAAGCUAAUCGGCCACGACCACCACCACCAUCAAAUUAUCGACCACCAAAAGUAAUACAUUCAUUGCAUAGUCAUUCGAUACCAUCAUAUGAUCAUACAAUUCAACCAUCAUUACCAAUACCGAUACGAAAUGAACAUCUACCACGACCAUCAUCAAAUUUGGCAUAUCAAAAUUGUGGCCAAAGACAAUCCAUAGGUAUUAAUGGUCGUGUACAGAAUCUUAACUAUCAUCAAUCAUCAACAGAAUUUGCUGAAUUUCCAUGGCAAGUUGCCAUAUUAAAACGAAUCGGUCCAUCCGAUAAUCUUUAUGUUUGUGGUGGUGCAUUGAUUAGUUCGGGUUUUAUUAUGACAGCUGCUCAUUGUAUUAAAAAGUAUGUAUUGUUGUUUGUUGUUCUGUUUACAUCCUUAUCUAAACUUUUAAAUUCUUUUAGAUUUCAAGCACAAGAUUUAAAAAUACGUUUAGGUGAAUGGGAUGUACAUCGUGAAGAUGAAUUCUAUCCAUAUGUAGAGAAAAAUGUUGAAGAAAUUUUUAUACAUCCAAAUUUUGUACCACGUAAUCUAAUGAAUGAUGUUGCUCUAUUGAAAUUAGAUACAGAAUUAGAUUUAAGUCAACAUCCACAUAUAUCACCAAUUUGUAUGCCACAAUCAUAUGAUUCAUUUUCUGGUCAACGUUGUUAUGUUGCUGGUUGGGGUAAAAAUGCAUUUGGUCAUCAAGGUGAAUAUCAAAGUGUAUUGAUGAAAGUUGAUCUACCAGUAUUGGAUACACGAAUUUGUGAAAAUCAAUUAAAACAAACAAAAUUGGGUUAUAAUUUUCGAUUAGAUCGUUCGAUGAUUUGUGCCGGUGGUGAACCAGGUAAAGAUGCAUGUGAAGGUGAUGGUGGUAGUGGAUUAGUUUGUGAAUCAAAUGGUGAAUGGAAUGUUGUCGGUUUGGUUAGCUGGGGUUUAGGCUGUGGUCAAGGUGGUGUACCUGGUGUUUAUACAAAUGUUGGCCAUAUUCGUCAUUGGGUUGAUAAAAUUAUUCUACCAUAUUAUAAUAAUCAUCAUAAUCAUCAUCAUCAUCAUCAGAUCUCAAAAUCAAUUCCAAAUUUUAAUGAAUUAAUUAAUGAACGAAGUUUAAAUAAUGAAAAUCAACAACAGAUACUCAAUGAUACAAUGUUGGUAACACCGAAAAUCACUGAUAAUGACAACAACAACAACAACAGUACCAAAAUUGAAAAUAAAGAAAAAUCAAAUUAAAAUUUUGUAUCUUGUAAUUUAUGCCUUUUUUUGUA